GAAAAAAAGGCUCGUUCCCUUCUUUUGCUGCGGACUCUUGGCUGCGACACACCAAGCAUUACUACGCUCGUGACAACUCCACGUUCUUGAAUCAUGACCACAAAUCCCGACCAGGUUAUUCUGGUUUUAGUGGAAGAUAUACGUCUGGCCACUCGGUCGACGUCUACAUCGGCCCUACACCCGACGCGCGACGCGUCCUGUGAGACGAUACAGGCGAAGCACGUGGAUGCUGAUACCACGACAAAUGAGGGUGUCGCCAGAGACAGGAAGUAAAAAGCGUGGAUCUGGCUUUUGAUACUGCUUUUAAUCAGCGCAGGAGUAAUUUUCUUGAUCAUUGUUCGGGAUGAGCGUGCACCGAUCAACACCCCGGCAAGUACAGGAACGAGUACUACCACAGAAGACGACUACCUGACUAAGUCGCACGAGCUCAGCAGCGACGAAGGAACACCAACGACGACCUCAAGCAUGCAAACAACGACGAAAAGCACUCCAACAGUUACAACGCAGGCGUACAAGCCAGGAGACUUUCUUCUGUGUUCCGUCACAUCCGGCAUGGCAGACCAUCUCCCUAAAGAUGGCUUGUGCAACGUAAUCUUCUUUUCACUGAUCACGACCAACACCAGCGUGAUGUUUUCUAGUAUGAGAGUAAUUGCGUUGAACCGCAUCAGAAGAUACGUUGCUGUGUCAAGGAGAACUCAAUGCGGGCUCGACUUCCCGUUCAACACUAUCGUCGAGCACCGAAACAACAUCGGAAGUUCAUCGACGCUCCAAGCCAUUAGAGAGAUCGGUGCACCCUUGUCCGGCGUCCUCACUGCCAAAGUGGGACCAAACUGGGAUGAGCGUAGCGAAGCCACGAGUGUCUUGCUUCGUGUGCUGCAGAGCAAACUACAGAGCACGGACGGGCCAGCCAUCGGAGUGACUGCAGAAGGCGCGUCCGGCAAAAGAAAAGAUGUCCUUGGAGUCCUUUCACGUCUUUUGAAAGCGGUAAAUCCUAUGUAUGUGGUCUUCCGUAGUUCUAUCCUCGUUUCGGAUAAAGGCUGUCAAGUUCGAGCACCCUCACCGUUGCAUGGCGCCUCGCCGUCUUUUAUGGACAUUGUUGAGCUCGAGGUCUCUACUGUCCUGCCAGCACUUUCGGAUCAGGAAGUCUCCACAGUUCUUGCAAAAUUAAAAGAAAUCGGUGUUCAAACAGGGGAAGAUUUGAGGUUCUUAGAAGAGCCAGACCUUCGUGGGGUGCUGAAACCAAUACAGAUUAGGAGAUUCCUCUCCACAGUAAAGAGAGGUGAUGGCUCUGUUCCUGAGUCAGGUUCCUCUUUUAGCACGACACCACCUUGCACAUCUCCUUUGCAAGUCCCCUCAGUGCCGGACACCCAACAACAUCAGUGUGAAAGCAAAGCUUCGAACGUGGACCCCAACUGGCCAGUAAACUUCCAAGUUUGUUGGGAAAGCAUGCCACCACAACUAAUAUCCGCAGUGAAGAAAAAGGAGCGCCCGUCUAGCAGGCUGCGUCGUGAAAUGGUCCGUCUGGUAGUUGACCAAGCCAGAACCAUGUGUGAGCGCCCACUCAAGAAACACUACGAAAUUAUUGCAAGACGAAUUGUGGGCCAGUAUCCAGCAUCAUUUCAAGAUGCCUUUGAAGGCACGGUUGUUGGGACGGGUCACGAUUCGCUUCUUAAUCAGCUGGUCUUUAGGACCGAAAACUGUGUACGCUUUAAGAACCGUUGCUCUGGUGAGACGACGGAUCUGACGAAGAGUGGACGAAAGAAGGCCCGCAUGUACGGUUGCUUCAAGGAUUCUACCACUGAAAACAUUGAUGAGGAGUGCUUGGAAGAAAAAAAAGAAACGCUAAAACAUUGGUAUGUGACGAACACUGGUCAAAAAGAUGACAUCAAAGCGGAGAUGAAGGCGACAUACUUGCUGCAACGGAAAAUGAUCGAUUCGAAAAUCAAGACCCCCGAACUCCUGUCGGAAUGGCCGUACCUCUUCACGCCCGACGGCAUGUUCAUCCACUUUCACGAGCUUGUUGGCAUACACGUCGAGGAUGUGCUCCCAGUGUCAUUCAAGGAAAAGGGACUGAGCAUUUUGAAAUUUGCACAACAGUGCGAGAAAAGUGAUGUUGCCACGCAAAUCCUGGCGGAGCUGGAAGAUGCGCCAGGCACAGAACUGCAAAACCAGGCAGUCGCAGUGACCCUUCUCCUGUUACACUACUUAGAGGAAAAUGAAGGUGCCGUCUUCAUUGUUCGUGGCGAUCCUUGUACUGCCCGUGAUGUGGAGCAGUCUGACCUUCCAGCAAGCCCAAGAAUUAUUGUUAUUGGUGAUUCUGCAUGGUGCCCGUCCUCAUUCAUGUUGAGUGUAGACAAGAUUGUUGUCACAGACCUCAUCGAUGACUUUAUCACGGCAAUCAGCGUCUGGUUUGCUCUCCACUAUGUGCUGAAUCUUGUAUAUGCCCAAGAAAGUCAAGCAUUGCUGGAGUUCCUGCAAAGGACAUUUCUCGGGAUAAACCCUGACCGAGGUUCAAGAGCAGAGAAGAGGCAGCGCACGCCUGUCAAUAAAAAGGUGCUGCGACUCGUCGACAAGCUGUCGCACUUUGAGUGGCAUGUUUAACACUUGUUUUCCAAGCAAAUGCAUAAGACUGUUGCAUUGCUGAUUUGACCUAAUGUCACAGCCACUCUGCUGCGUUUUUUCACGUUUUUUCCACUGUUCCAUCAGCGACUGGGCGAACAUAGGGCACAUGGCCACUCUUAUGCUGCGUUUUUUGAAG